AUGCAAAGGUCUCCUCAAGUAAGUCUUCCUCCCUUCGGUCCUUCUCAGAUGGUGCCCUCUGCAGAAUGAGCAACCUUCCCGAGCCGUAUCCUCGGACACCCUGCCGUACUCGGGCAGCUCCUACUCUCUGAGCACGACUACAGCCUCUUCGGAGAGCUCUCUCCACUCCUCCGCCACCAACUUUGGUCUUGUUUCGUUGAUCUCCGAUUGCGGAGAGGACUUCACCGGUUGUGAAUUGACUCCCGAGGAAAAGCAUUGGCUCGAUAUGACCCACGCGUUCACCAAGGCCGAGAAGCCGUUCCGCGAGCAGAAGAAGACGUUCCGCGUAGUCCGCAAACUGAGAACUUGGCAUCCGAGACGCGGCGUUUCGUGGAGUUUCCUGCGCAGACUCGUUAGUUUUCAUUUGGCAAUGGGAAUCUUCUGGAGAAACGGAUUGUUUCAGUACAACGGGCGUCAGGAUAUGAAGGCGGAAGCGGGUGCCGAGCUGAUGGAUCCGAGUGUCGAGUGA